CCAGUGACCGUCUCUGAUGCGAACGGUCAAAGUCGGACUGCGCCGCCCUUGAAAAACAAUGCGAAUUCGCUGGCGACGCGUUCCAAAACCCGACAUGCAGUUUUUGUUUUUGGGCUAGACCUUCCUUCUUUCGAACUUACUUCCCUCCCACCCUUCUUUCUGCUGCCUCCUCUAUAUAUAGAUAUACCUUACUAUCAGAUAAUCUUAGAAUGUAAUAUAGGCGCAACUUCGUUACUAAUCUCCUUUCAUUUCGCCACCCAAUCUUUCUCUCUCUAACAAUUUUAACUUUACCUCAUUUUCAACCACUGAUUCAAAUCUAUUAAGCUAUCUCUCUCUAAUCCGCUUCUCUCCAUUUCACGGGCGACAUUGCUGCGUUCUCUGCUGUCUUUGGCCUUUCAAGAACAGGAAAAAUGGCAGAGACAAAACCAGACACACCAUUGAUGCCACCGUCAUCGCGGAACCUUCCAGAUUUCAAGAAGUCCGUGAAAUUGAAGUACGUGAAACUUGGUUAUCAUUACCUCAUCACUCAUGGCAUGUACCUCUGUCUUUCCCCUCUGGUGGUGAUCAUUGCUGCACAGCUCUCAACCUUUUCCGUGAAAGAUCUCCAUGACAUUUGGGAGAAUCUACAAUACAAUUUGAUAUCCGUCAUUCUUUGCUCCACCAUGAUUGUAUUUUUGUCCACACUAUACGUUAUGACUCGUCCAAGACCCGUGUACCUUGUCAAUUUCUCAUGUUACAAGCCUGAAGAAGCUCGCAAAUGCACAAAGAAGAUAUUCAUGGACCAGUCCAGGAGGAGUGGUUUUUUCACAGAGGAAAAUCUUGAAUUCCAGCGGAAGAUUCUAGAGAGGGCUGGCCUUGGGGAAAGCACAUACUUUCCAGAAGCUGUUCUCAAUGAUCCUCCCAACCCUUCAAUGCAAGAGGCAAGAAAAGAGGCCGAGCUUGUCAUGUUUGGUGCAAUUGAUGAGCUUUUUUCCAAGACUUUUGUGAAGCCUAAGGACAUUGGAAUUCUGAUUGUGAAUUGCAGCCUCUUCUGCCCCACGCCCUCACUUUCGGCAAUGAUCAUCAAUCAUUAUAAGCUUAGAGGGAACAUAAAAAGCCUCAACCUUGGUGGAAUGGGAUGCAGUGCAGGUCUCAUUUCGAUUGAUCUUGCUAAGGACCUUCUCCAAGUACACCCCAAUUCCUAUGCAUUGGUAGUUAGCACAGAAAACAUCACCUUGAAUUGGUACCCUGGGAAUGACCGAUCCAAGCUUGUUUCCAAUUGUUUGUUCCGUAUGGGAGGGGCUGCCAUUCUGCUUUCCAACAAAAGCUCUGAUAAAAGAAGAUCCAAAUACCGGCUGGUUGACACAGUUCGCACCAACAAGGCUUCUGAUGACAAGUGCUUCGGCUGUGUUAUCCAAGAGGAAGAUUCCAAUGGCAAGGUUGGUGUCACUUUGUCCAAAGAUUUGAUGGCAGUUGCUGGUGAUGCUUUGAAAACAAACAUCACCACAUUGGGGCCUCUUGUCCUUCCAAUGUCCGAACAACUCCUAUUCUUUGCCACGUUGGUCGGGAAGAAGCUUUUCAAGAUGAAGAUCAAGCCUUAUAUUCCAGACUUCAAGCUGGCUUUUGAGCACUUCUGCAUCCAUGCCGGAGGCAGAGCCGUGUUGGAUGAACUUGAGAAGAACUUGCAGCUGUCUACUUGGCAUAUGGAGCCAUCAAGGAUGACACUUUACCGUUUUGGAAACACCUCGAGCAGUUCUCUUUGGUAUGAAUUGGCUUACACAGAAGCGAAAGGGAGGAUGAGGAAGGGUGAUAGAACAUGGCAGAUAGCAUUCGGUUCUGGAUUCAAGUGCAACAGUGCAGUGUGGAAGGCUCUGAGGACCAUCAACCCUGCCAAAGAGAAAAACCCUUGGAUGGAUGAGAUCCACAGUUUCCCAGUUGAAGUACCAAGGAUUUCAUCCUUCUAGACAAAUGCAGUUUUCAGUAUUUUUGGGUCAAAAUUAGGUGGUAACUGUUCAAGUGCUGGAAGCUUGGAGCAUAGAUUUUGUUUUAUAUUAAAUCUAUUUUAGUCAAAGGUUGAAGCAAGAGAGGUUUGGACUUUGGUAGUGCAAUGUAAUUAAAAUCCUGUUCUGUGUUUCUUUGAUACAUUUACAAUUCUUUCCAUGAAUGGAAAAAGAAAAAAAUUCUUAUUCUUUAG